AUGUGGAAAUACUCCAGCGAUCGAUACAUGCCCAAGACCAAAGGUGCUAUCAUUCCAGUUGCGAGCAUCCUCAAGCUGGCAAAAGCACACAGCAACCAACCUCUCGGUUCCAACUUCGUUCAACUACAAACAACAACUGACUCCCUGAUCAACUGGGCCCGCCAAGGCUCCCUCUGGCCGCUCGCCUUCGGGCUGGCCUGCUGCGGCGUCGAGAUGAUGGCCGCCUCAAUGCCACGAUAUGACCAGGACCGACAGGGGAUCAUCUUCCGCGCCUCGCCGCGCCAAGCCGACGUCAUGAUCGUCGCUGGAACAGUGACCAACAAGAUGGCACCAGCGUUGCGACAGUUGUACGAUCAGAUGCCCGAUCCGAAGUGGGUGAUUAGUAUGGGAAGUUGUGCGAAUGGGGGCGGGUAUUAUCAUCAUUCGUACAGUGUCGUCCGGGGUGUGGAUCGGCUGGUCCCGGUGGAUAUCUAUGUGCCUGGUUGUCCGCCGACGCCCGAGGCGCUUUUGUAUGCUAUUUUCCAGUUGCAGAGGAAGAUCAGGGGUACAAGGGUCACGAGGAUGUGGUAUCGGAGAUAA